CUUCCUUCCUUCUUUCCUGUAAGCGCCAUUGAGGUCAAUGGGCUUCUACUCCAGGUAGAUCUCUUGAGUGGCUGCGAGCCGACCAAGGUUGGACUUUUCUCACUUCAACCAAAUUGGGACCCAAAGCCAGUAGAUACGAAGAAUCGAAAGGGAAGGAAGAAAACCGAGGUGAAUCAAAGUCACUCUGGCCUGGAGGAACUUGAAAUGGCCUCCAAGGAGGAAGAGGAAGACGUCAUGAGCCCCCGGGAUCAACAGGAUUCUCGUCCAGUGGAACAGCAGGAGGAGAAAGCGGGAGGACAGAAUGUGGCAAGUCCUGGAGAUGUUUCUGAAGGAACUGGGAUGAGCAACCACGUUAGCCUGCUGAAAAAUGAAGAGAAAACAUCACACGGGAAAGACGCCUCAGGAAUGGAGGGAAGGUCUCCGUCUCAACCUGGGCAUGCUCCCUUCCCGGCUUCCCAACCCUGGGACGAUCUCUUCCUGACCUCCAUUGAAAAGGCCGUCAACACCCACCCUGGAAAAUGGAUGUCUCAGCUCAUCCCAGGCCUCAAAAACGAAGGAGGAGCAUUGGAGGACAAGGAGGUUGGAGACUACGGGAAGGUGAAGGCGGCCAUCUUGCGGGUGGACGCGAUCAGCACUGAGGUCCAGCGGCAGCAUUUCCGUCGGUUCUUAUACCGAGAGGUCGAUGGUCCCCGCGAGGCCUGCAGCCGCCUCUGGUUCUUGUGCCACCGAUGGCUGAAGCCAGAGAGGCACACCAAGGAGCAGAUCCUGGAGCUGCUGAUCCUGGAGCAGUUCCUGGCCAUCCUGCCCCUUGAGAUCCAAGGCUGGGUCAAAGAUGGCUGUCCUGAGACCUGUGCCCAAGCAGUGACUCUGGCUGAAAACUUCCUCUUGAGCCAACAAGAAGUGGAGAGACCGACUCAGCAGGUGUCUGAGUCACUUGAGGAGACGGGCGCGAGCUCCCCAAAGGCCAGUGACCAAACCUUGUCAGACACUGCGCCGAGUCCACCGUGUUUGGAGGUUAAACAGGAGCCGCCUCUGGAGGACUCCUCUUUAGAUGAUCGCUGCAGAAGUAAAAAUGACGCUGGGAUUCUCCGGCUGGCAAAGAGUGAAGCCGAGCUGCUGCCCAAGUCAUCUGAGGGAAGCACCACGGACUCCGUCCCCAUUUCAGAUCAGCAAGGAGCCAUCUCGGAAAGCCAGCUGAAGCCAGAGCACGCUGCCUUGAGAAAACCUCCAAGGAAGAGGGUUCAAAACUCCAUUUCUUUGGUGGAGGGUUACCAAAAUCUCGGCGUCACCCCGACAGAAAAGAAAGACGCCAACGAUGAACCGGCUGUCAAGAUCAUUCUAUGCAAAGAAACUUUCAGCCAGGGUUCCGACCACACUGGGAGGAAAGUCCACAAAUGCUCGGUGUGCGGAAAGUGUUUCAGCCUUCGUUCGCGCCUGAUCGUCCACGAGAGAACCCACACGGGUGAGAAACCUUACACGUGUUCGGAGUGUGGGCGAAGCUUCAGCGUCAGCUCCAGCCUCAUCGCCCACCGGAGAACCCACACGGGCGAGAAGCCCUACAAGUGUUCCCAUUGUGCGAAGAGUUUCAGCGUGAAGUCUGGCCUGAUCGCUCACGAGCGGACGCAUACGGGAGAGAAACCCUACAAAUGUCUGUACUGCAGCAAAAGUUUCCGCCGCAACUCGGGCCUCGUGAGCCACCAGCGAAUCCACACAGGAGAUAAGCCGUACCAGUGCUCGGUGUGCGAGAAAAGCUUCAGCGACAUCUCCAACCUCAUUACCCAUCACCGGAUCCACACGGGAGAGAAACCUUACAAGUGCUUGGAGUGCGGGAAAAGCUUCAGCCAGAGCUCGUACCUCAACAGCCACCAGAGAAUCCACACGGGGGAAAAGCCAUACGAGUGCACCGAGUGCGGGAAGACUUUCAGCGUCAGCUCCCGUCUCCGGAAGCACCAAAGGAGCCACACCGGAGAAAGACCUUUUGUCUGCUUGGAUUGUGGGAAAACGUUCAGCGAGAGCUCCGAUCUCCUGGCCCAUGAGAGGGCGCACACGGGCGAGAAACCCUUUCGCUGCUCCUUUUGUGGGAAGUGUUUUCUCCGCAGCUCUGAGGUGGUGAGCCAUGAGAGAAUCCACACAGGUGAGAAACCGUACCAGUGCGGGGAGUGUGGGAAAAGCUUUAGUGUCAGCUCGCGCCUCAGUGCGCACCGGAGGAUUCACACGGGAGAAAAGCCAUUCCAGUGCAUGGUGUGCGAGAGAAGCUUCAGUUACAAAUCCCACCUCAUUACUCACCAGAGAAUCCAUACCGGGGAGAAACCAUUCCAGUGCUCUGUCUGCGGGAAAAGUUUCCGGGGCAGUUCCAGUUUGGUGGCACACGAGAGGACUCACACCGGAGAGAAGCCGUACCGGUGUCUGGAUUGUGGGAAAAGCUUUACUCAGAGCUCAAACCUCAUUAGUCAUCAGCGAAUCCACACGGAAGGGAAUUCCUGAGAUCUCCCUGAGAUCUCUGUCGAUUCUCAGUGGGAUCUUCCUUUUCUGAGGGAGACAUUGGUUCUUCGGUAUUUCGCCGGCAGUUCCACCUCUUCACUAGAAGGGGGGUCCAUUUUCAGCAAUUUUGCACUAACAAAAGGUUUCCUUUCUGAACACUGAUGUUACAACAAACCGGCAGGGGUGUGUGGGCGUCCACCAAUCUAUCCAGACCAAAAUACGGGAGAUUUGGGGAGAUGCUGAUGGUUCGAUACCUGGAGGAGGUGAUCAAAGGGGUAGAUAGAUUGUCACACCUUCUGUCCACUUUGGAUCUGCCAUGCAGGGCUGAGGGAAUUUUUUUCUCUUUUUCCAGAAAGAGAGAAUCCGCCAGGUGUGGAAUAGAAUGAAAACGUCUACGGUAAAGAAGGACUUCCAUUUUACUUAUUUCAUUUUUUUGAGAUCUAAGAUCCGCUUUUUAGAGUUGGAGAACCUAUAAAAACUAGAUGAGGAAAUUCCGCUUGGGAGGAAGAAAUUCUAGUUUAUGGGAAGCAAAAUGGCAGACACGCUCGUGUUCUCACGACAAAAUAGAAGUCCUUCUUUACAAUGGAGGUUUCCAGGGCCGUCAUAUUUUCCAAGGAGAAGAAAUAUUAAAAAGGAGCGGGUAUACACAGGUUCAUCAUCUUAAGACUUAAUAACUAAAUUUAAUUACAGAAUUAUUCGGGGAGAGGGCUUCUAUUUCCCCCCCCCCACACAUACACAAUUCCCCCGUUUC